AUGAUUCGAAGUUUGAUCGAUUUGUUUUGCUCGCCCCGCUUUUCGCGACACUUUGCCGUUUUACUUUUUCUCGCAGAACUUGUCUUCAACUAUGGAAUCGUCAAAUACAGAAAGUACACUGAGAUUGAUUGGAAGGCUUAUAUGCAGGAGGUUGAAGGGUACCUAAAUGGAUCUACAAAUUAUAUGGAACUAAAGGGAGAUACAGGACCGCUUGUAUACCCCGGUGGAUUCGUCUAUCUUUACAGCUUCUUGUACAAAAUUACGGACAAUGGCGCAGACAUUUUCAAAGCACAGCAGAUCUUCGCCGGUUUUUACAUGAUGCAGCUUCUGGUUGUUCUGAUGGUUUACUGUCAACUAGCAGAAAAGGCCAGAUUUCCUCCGUGGAUGAUGAUUUUUGCCUCCAUUUCUGGCUACAGAGUACACUCGAUUUUCAGCUUGAGGAUGUUCAACGAUGGUCCGGCAAACAUUCUCGCCUGGAUUGCGGUUUACUGUUUUAUGAACAAGAAGUGGACUUUUGGAUCGAUCAUGUAUUCACUCGCUAUUUCGAUAAAAAUGAACAACCUUUUAUUUCUUCCCGGCAUUUGCGUCGUUUUCAUGCGCAACUUGAGGAUACCACACACGAUCUUUCAAUUUAUAGUCAUUCUUCUUGUCCAAGUCGCUGUUGGUUAUGAAUUUUUAUCAACAUAUCCACGAGAAUAUAUGGCAAAGGCGUUUGAGUUCAACAGAAAGUUCUUUCAUAAAUGGACAGUCAACUUUCGCUUCCUCGACGAGGAGACAUUUCUCGAUGAUAACUUCCACAGAGCCCUUCUUGGUCUUCACUUGCUUUUCUUAGUUCUGUUCUGUUCAAAGCGAUGGAUGCCAAAGAGAUUCGGGACGACGCUCUUGUCUUUUCCUCUCGCAGUUUUUAACACGAUCAGAAAUCAUGGCUCAGAGCAGACUUGCCCUCUUCUAACGGCUGAUAUUCUGUUUACUUCAAAUUUCAUUGGAAUCGUUUUCGCUCGUAGUUUGCACUAUCAGUUCUAUGUCUGGUACUACCAUUCGCUGCCUCUUUUGGUCCGCAUGGCUGGUUUCAACUCCUUAGUUUCAAUUCUGAUUUUCUUCUCAUAUGAAAAUGUGACAAUGGAGGACUCGGCUCACAUCUUUGAAUUGCUUUUUCACGACUCGGCUGAGACCCAGCUCGAAAAUUAUAAAGCAGACUUGGAAGACUUGUUCAAGGAAAGACCAGAAAAAUACGAGCGAGACGUUGAAAUCGAUUGCUUCUUUGCACAGCCAGAGGUCCAAGAUGCGCAAGAGAGAGAUUCCCCGACGUCGUCUAAUUCGACAACCGUUUCUUGUGACUUUGUUGAGGACGAGCAGGAGAUGGAAAAGUCCGUGACAUUUUCGUGUAAUGGCACGUCAGAUUUGCCCCGUCAUAUCCAAGACGUACGCGAGCGCGUGAAGAAAGAGCUUGGGGUAAAGACUAACUUGAACUUGACAGAUGAGGAGCGAAGACUUCUCAAAGAGGAAGGAGUCGAACUUCCCGAGGAUCUCCCUCUGACAAAGGCAGAGGAACGUGUCCUGAAAAAGGUGCGCAGAAAGAUCAGGAACAAAAGAUCCGCUGUCGAGUCAAGGAGGAGAAAGAAAGAGCACUUCGACAAAGUAGAAGGGGAACUUGGACGAUAUCAAAAUGAAAACGAUGACUUGAAAAAGCGAGUCAACUUUCUUGAGCGUCAAAACAUGAUCCUGAUGAACCAGCUUCGAAAACUUCAAGAGUCAGUCAUGAUGAUCCCGCAAUCUGGUUCCGCUUGCGCUCUUUGCGUGAUGAUAUUUUCCCUGUUUGUCUUCUGUUAUCCUGGCGCAGUCGGUCCUUUGACUUUCGAUGGCGGCGAGAAUCUUUAUCCUAUCAUUGACAAUGAGAAGUUCCAACCUGUGGCUGGCUUCAAGGGACGCAAAAUACUCUCGGCGGAUUAUGUGGACGAAAUCGCGAAUGAGACGGAAAACGCACCGCCCGAACCCGUUCCAGAAAUUCAAGAAGCCCUAACCGCCAGCUCCCACCGUUCUGUAAUGCCACAAUCCCCUGAAGAUUAUAUCAUCUCCCAAGCUCAGCAAGAUUUCAUUAUUCAAAUCUAUGAAAUAUCAAUUCUUGAGUAUUUAAGAAUGUCGGACUCGGAUGAAGCGCCGCUUUUAUCAGAGCAACAAACGAUUCAACAACAAGAUCAGGCGCUCGAUGAUCUUGCGGCAAUUAUAAGAAGACAACGCGAUAUCGGAAUAACCAUUGGAAAUGAAGUCGACGAUCAAAAUGUCGUCAUUGAUACAAUCACUGACAUGACCGAGAACAGCCGAGGUCGACUGAACCGCAACACUGAGAACAUCACAACUCUACUCGCUCGGGACAAGGGAAACUGCACUCUCUGGAUGAUCAUAAUUGUCGAAUCACUACCAGCUACCGACACGAAGACAAAAAGCUUGUGA